UCAGCAGAGACGCCAGGCGCACUUCCGACACUGGACUCUCUUCUUUUCCCGUCCGCACAAACCUCCAUUUCACAGACUCUCGCUUCCUUGCGCAGGUCUGCACUAUCUGUUUCCAAUCGGCUGCAGUCUAUUGAAACAGAUGCGGCAUUUGUGCGUGAGGUCGCAGAACAUUAUGGACUGCCGCUUGUUGCGAAUGAACGCUGUGGAAGCUGGUAUAUUGACCCCGAGACCAAGGGUGGUAGUGCUUAUUUUAAGAGCACGGAUGGUCACAGUGGACAGUGGGAUUUUAGCUUUCGUAGGCUGAAUUUGCAGCUUCUUCCUCUGGCUAGAGAGAAUGGGGGGGUUAGUUUCGUUCUUCUUUUCAAGGGGGUGAUUGUUGUUGUUCUUGUGGUUACUUUGACAUGUGUUAUCGUUGACUCGACCCGCCGAGGAAAAUUGAUGCCAGACGCAUUAUCCAAAACAAUCCCCAUCUGGACCGCCGUCUUAAACCGCACACUCUUCCCCACCGAAACAGCAUAUCACCCCGUCCAUCUCCCACCAAAUUACCUCGGCGCAUCAGAAGAAGCCCAGAUCAAAUCCCGCAUCGAUAGUUUCGUCGCCUCACUCAAGAAUCUAAAGCUCGACCUCAACCAUCUACGCGAACAACUAGGCAAACCAAUCCGCAUAGCAUGGGCCAAUCGGAGCUACUUCCACCCAACCGAUCUGCACAAGGGCGACGGGUAUAAUCUGCUCGUGCUAUGCUCCGCGUCGCGGCGCGUGCAGGGCGCCGAAAUGUCUGAGGGUGGAUAUAUCCAGGGUGCGGGUGAUGAUGCUGAGGGCUGGGCUCAUGGGCUGACGCCGCCGGUCUUUUGGGAGCAUCGUGCGCGACUGAAGGGGACGUCUGAGGAGGAUUUGCCUGCGCUUAUUGGGGAGUUGAUUGUUUCUUCUGGAUCGGGUGGAAAGGGCCAGGGUGCUGCGGCGCGUAUCGCGCCGACGAAGAAUUUGUUUAUUGGUGUGAUGGGUGAGGCGGGUUCGUAUGAUCUUGUCAUUGAUUGUAAUGAUAAUGGUACGGGCGAAGGUGAGGGCGAGGGCGGGGAAGGGUGUUCCAAGUCCACCUGCAAGAAAUUGAAUCUGGGCUGUGCGUCAGGGAAGCUGGGAAGUCGAGAUCUACGAAAGUCGUUGGAUCGAGUGCGAGAGUUCGUUGCGAGGGAGUUUGCGGAGGACUCUUCGCGGUCUUUGUUGGUGACUUGUGAGAAUGGGAAGGAUCUUUCGGCAGGGACUUUGCUUGCGAUUAUUUGCCUCUUUUACAAUGAUCAAGGGGAAUUUGACAUCUCACAGGGCGAGCGCAGUGUCGGCAAACAAUACAUCCGACAGCGUCUUGCCUGGAUUGUGUCAUCGAAGCACGACGUGAACCCGUCCCGCUCGACGCUUCAAUCGGUCAACGCGUUUCUCAUGUCAUGA